AUGGAUAUAAAUAGCCCAUAACUUUAGAAGGCUAUAAGUAUUUCAUAAUAAAAUAAAAAUAAUGUAAAAGAUUUAGUUAAUUCUCCUUAAGGAGUAUCUCCUAGUUAACAAUAUAAUUUUACAGCUUAAAAUCUGAAUAUUUUUGUAUAGCAUUAUGACGAAUAGCCUUUUUAAGCUUAAGAAAUAUAAUUAAUUUAAAAAAAUAAAGAUUAUAGUGAGUCUAUAAAUGCAGAUAUUGUUAAGUUUAAAAGUGAUUAGUUAUCAUUAAUAUAGGAAAAUAUUUCUGAAAAUACUCCCCAAACAUUUUCUAGCAAUUCCUAAAAUAGCCCCUCAAAAAUAGCAAGUAAGUUUUCUUCAAUUUCUGUUGAUAUAUAAGAUUUCAACGACCCGCGGCUUGGUGCAAUAAAAAGAGGAAAGCUUUUUACUUUGACAGAUCUAGAAAGCUUUGGAGGAAGAAAUAAAAAAGAUUUAGAAGAAAUAGUACCUCUUACCGAAGAAGUAGAAAAUAAAAGUGGAUAGAUCAACAUAUCAAGGUAGUUAGCAAAAGUAAACUCAAAUACUUAUAUUAAGGAAAAUACUUAGUAAAAAAGAAAAACUAUCUAAUCAAAAACUCAUCGUAGUCAUGUAGUAACUAUUAGAACUCCUGAUAUGAUAUGGAAACAAAAAUUCUUUUUUAUAAUGUCUUAUGUAAGUAGAAUGGUAAUGAAAAUGAAACAAGUAAAAAUAUUCAGGCACCCAGAGUUACUUUUCGAAACUCAACUUAAUGCAAUUAAUGAUAAAGGUGCAAAAGAUAUUUCUGAUGAUAAUUGGGGGUAGAAAGAUAACAAAUUUAUAGAAAGCCUACAAUUGAAUGGCUUUUAAAAAUAUGCAGAUGUAAAUAAAAGAAACAAAUAUAAAUAUAUCCUCAAGAGAUAUAAAUUAUUUAGAAAGUCCUUUAGAUAAAAAAUGAGGCCCUUGAUUUAAUGUAUAUCGUCAUGUACAAAUAGCUUUAAAAAACAUACUUCUGCUUUGUUUAAGAGAAUAUAAACAUUUGAUUCAACCUCGUUUUUUAUAUUGGUUUGGUCUAACUUCAUUUUUUUGCUCACGAUCUGUAUAUCAAUUUAUUUGCCUUAUGAAUACUGCUUCAAUAUUUCCCGAUAAUAUCCUACUUUUAUAACUCUCAAUAUAAUAAUGCCUGUUAUAUUUUUCUUAAAUAUCGUAGUGAUUUCAAACACGACUUACUUUGAAAAAGGAAAUGUUAUUAAUGAUCAUGCUUAAAUCUUUUCAAGAUAUUUAAAAAACUAUUUUUUCUUAGAUAUUAUAUCUACAAUCUCAUUUUUUAUGCCUCCCAGUAAUUUCUUAAUGUUCCUAUUUUUUUUCAGGUGGUUUGUUUAUAAGAAUUUUUUGAGUAAGUAAACUGAGAGAUUGUUACUCUAUUCUUCCGUUUUGACAUACAUAAAUAUAAUAAAAUUAUUAGCACAGAUACUAUUUAUUUGUCAUUUGGGAGCAUGCUUUUGGUAUAAGAUUGGAUAUAACUAACUAAAUGAUUCUUAAAAUGGAUGGUUGUAUUAAGCUCAAAAACUAAAUGAAUUAUAAUCUUAAUAAAAUAUAGACUUGUAUCUCCUUUCUACAUUAACUAUAAUAUCAAAUCUCACUUUCUUUCAAUAAAGGUACUCUUAAACGUUCUUAAGUAGAUAAGAAGCUAUUUAUUUAGUUGCUAUGAGUAUAUUAGGGAUAAGUUUAUUUGCUUAUCUGCUGUAUGAAGUCAGAAAAAUUCUAAAAGUUUUAGAUAAAAGGAGAGAGGAGUAUCUUAAAUAGCUAAAGUCGUUGAGCAACUAUAUGAGCACUCACGAAGUAGAUCCUUAUCUAAGAGAAAGGUCAAGAAAGUACUUAGAAUUUAUGUAUAGUGAAGAGUAAGAAUAAUAGUGGAGCACACAAGAAAGCUUAAAUAGUUUAUCUAACUAUCUCAAAUAGGAAAUAAUCAAAGAUGUAUUCAUGAAGGCUGUAAAAAAAAUAUAGUUAUUUAGAAAAUUCUUUUCUUGGAAUCCUAAAUUUCUUGAGAAAUUAGCUUUGAGAAGUAAAGAAAUAUCAUUUGGGCCUGAUGAAUUGAUAAUGAGAUAGGGAAAUGUCGAGAUCCCUUCACUUUACAUAGUAACUCAUGGAGAAAUAUAACUUUUUGUUGAAAUGGGUAGCUUUGCUCAUAAAUAGCAAAAAAUAUUUAAAAAAGUUCAAGCAAAUUAAUGUUUUGGGAUGUAUGAAUUUUUUUCUUCUAACUAUGAAGUAUAACUAAGUGCAAAAAGCUUAGGAGUAAGUAGAAUGCUCUGCAUUACUUUGAAUGAUAUGCUUGAAUUGUUAAGAGAAUUUCCUAAAGAAAGAGAAGCUUUCUGUUAUUUAAAAGAUUUAAUAACAUUUAAGCAAGAUUUAAGUCAGAUUGGCUUGAGCUGCUACUCUUGUAAUUAAGUCAACCACUAUGUUUUAGAUUGUCCCUACUUAUUCUAUGGCACAUAGCCUUAAAAAGUUAUCAAAGAAAUAAAUAAGCAAAUAAAGCAUACUAUUUUGAAUUUUAAGAGGUCAGCUAAACGAAAAAAAGUUAAAUCAAUUCUUUAAAGUUAUCUUAUCAGUCAUAAAGCAUAGCAAUUUUAAGAGAAAUUUUUAAAUAUGUUGGAAUCUCUCGAAUAGGAGUAAUACUCGUCAGAUACAUCAAUUUAAUUUUUAGGAGAAACAAGCUAAUAUUCUAGCUAUAAUGAUGUUGAAACUCAUACUCUCAAUUAAUCUAGGUUUGAUCGUAAAAGUAUUUUAAGAGUACAUUCAGGUUCUUCAAAAUUUACAGCACGACAUAAGCAUAAAGAUUCGGAAUCUUAAAAAAGUCAUUUAGGUUCAAGAUUAGAUUAGUCAAAAGAGGAAAAGGAAGGUACAUAUAAUAGAGGAAGACCCUCGAGUGUAAGCAUUAGUAAAUUUGGUAGAUUAGUAAAAAUUUCUGAUGUAAGUGUUGGCUAGCAUGGGGAAGAACCAAGUGAAUUAAAAAGUGCUUUAUCAUGGAAUACAAAGGACAGAAGAGUAAGUUUAUCAAACAAUUAUGAAUUAAAUACAGUAGGAAGGAUCAACAGUGCUGAAUUCUUUAACAAUGAAGAUUCAAAAAGAAUAUUUUCUAUGCUAAGGAGGUCAGAAAGCGAUUAGCACCUGAGCUAUGAAAAUAUUCUAGAUAAGUAUGAAUAAGAGGAAGAAGAAAAUUAAUCACUAAGAAGAAAUGAAAAAAGGCACUCAACUAAUAAGACAAACAAAACAAAUAAGACUAAUCGAACAAAUAAAACAUCAAAAACAACGAUUACAAAGACGCUACAAUAGCUAGACAUGGAUGGGAGCUUAAACAGUCUUCACCAAAGUAACAAAAGCAAUAGCAUAUCAUCGAAUGGACAAAUAGAAUUAGAUAAAAACGUGAAUUAAAUAAAGUUCUCUAACAUGGAUAUCAAUAAUAAUAUUAGUCCAAUACACAAUCCAAGGAAAGAAAGCUAAAAUUCUAAUAGUAUGUAUAAUAAUAAUUCUUCUAAUAUUAUUAAUUAAUUGUACUAGCUUCCUUCUUCUUCCAUGAAUAAUAAUAUUCCUCCGACUUCAUCUCUAAAUGCUCUGAAUAAUGCAAUUAACCUAGGUAAUUAAUAAAACUCGAUCCCGGUUAACAGUAUAAAUUCAGCUGUUAUUAAUUCCAACAUAGUUAGCAAUAUUCCUUCUUCUUAAAAUCCCUAACAAUCAUCCAUUUUGAAUGAAAAAAUUCAAAAUUCAAGCUAAAACAAUUAACCUGUAGCAGUGGGACCUUCUGGAUAAAACACUGCAAAUAACUCAGUCAACCACUCAAAUUCUCUAAAUUAAAAUAACACAGUGCCAAAAGAUACUAACAAUACUAACACUUAAAAGUAAAACUCUAAUCUUAACUAACAAAGAUCUCUUAGCAUAACCCAGCAAACUCCUUCCUAAAAAUUCACAUAAUAAUUUUCUAUUUACCCAACAGAAAAUAGGUUUAGUUAAAGAAGUCAUUAACCUAUUGAAAGUAUAUAAUCUUAUAGUGUUUCAAUUGGUACUGUUAAAUCUUUUGAAUUAUAUUUCCCUCAAAAUAAUGUCGAAAAUAUAAUAGAGAAAUACAAUAAAUUACAAAGAAAAAAAGUUUCUAGGAGAGUCAGAAAAAAACGUACAACUCAAAGAAGAGAAACAAAGAAGAGAUCUCACCUAACUACAUAUGUUUCUAAUAGGUUAAUAGAAGAGGUUGAAAAUAGGAAUAUUCAUCACUCAUCUGGUUACGACAUAGAAAAAAUGAAUUCUAGUAUUGGGACUGUAAAUAUAUAGAGUAAUCCUGCUAUACCUUACAAACCUCCAAGUAAAAAGGAUAUCUUCAACUUGAACACUUUUAAUUUGAACGAUAACAUUUAAUAUAUAAAUAAACCAAAUCCUUAAGUUAUUUCUCUGAAGUGA